AUGGAGUCAACAUCCGGUGUUCCUCGUGAGAUCCGCGCAGAUGAUCGUCUGCAUCAAGCUGAGCAAGAGACUGAGCGACACUUCGGUGACACGUCCACGCAAGAUGAGGUGCACGAAAACUCCCCGGCUGAUGAUGUCCGUUCUUCGCGGCGAAGUAUGUCCACCGCGUUGGCAGUAGAACAACAAGAUCCACCUGAAGCCAGUGAGGUCGGAGCAUCAUCAAGUCGCGCUGUUAAUGGGGAACAGAAUAGCGCGUCCGUGGAUUUCUCCGGUCAAUCUUCCCAGAGCUUGUUCGACAAUCCGCCAAAUCUGGCUCGGGUUCGCAAAAUCCUCUUUGAAUGUCAGGAUUCAAUUGAGAUCACGUUGCGGGAAUUCGAAACAUACUGGCCAUUUGUUGACAAUGUCUGGGUGAAACAGAAAACCAACGCCAGCAGAGGGGGCUACUAUCUCACAGAGUAUUACAUGUGUCGGCUUCGGCGCCCGACGCAUCGCUCGUCUGAGACUCGUCCACUACCGGAAGGAAAAAGGCCACGCAACAGGCGCGCUCGAGAGGGCGGACUAUGCAAUGUCCAGAUCAAAGUCGUUCGCGUGUCGGGGGCAUAUCCAAUGGUCAAGAUUAUGCGGACCCCGGGGAGUGAAAGUGCACAUUCUCAUGACCUGGAUUGUAUUGACCGAUUGAAACGCAACUCCGGACUGAUGGAGUUUGCGCGCAGAGAGUCCACAAAGGGAUUUUUGCCUUCUUCGAUAUUCACCAAAUUCAAGGAAGAGCCGGCGAAACUGAUUGACGCCGGGGGUCGCUUUUUGACCGUGACGGAUGUGCGGAAUGUCUCGGCCAAAUGGCGCACCCAGAACCCGGAUAUCGAAUUGAUUCCUCAUGAAGGGUACGAGCUGGUCAAGGGCCAGGGAAUAGUCAAAUCGGCAAGUGAUGCUGCCAGUACGACAGUGGGGGGAUCAUCGACAGGAGCAGCAGCAGCGACAACAACGACAACAACGACAACAACGACAGCAGCACACUUGCCGCCCGAUACGCUUUCGUUCCCAUCCUUUCCACUGGAAUUUCUGCAGUCAUAUUUGCCCAAAACUUCAAAACGCCGUGAAUUCCCUCACGUCACCUUAUCGUAUGCUUCAUCAAUGGAUUCCAAGCUCUCCCUCUUGCCGGGUAUGCAGACAGUGUUGUCGGGUCCCGAAGCAAAGCUCAUGACCCAUUAUCUUCGGUCCCGUCACGAUGCCAUUCUUGUCGGGGUUGGAACUGUACUCGCGGACAAUCCUGGCUUGAACUGCCGUCUCGAAGGCGCCGGAGGAUUCGGGGGCCUGGGCCGGAUGUGGCAGCCUCGCCCCAUCGUUAUCGAUCCUAUGGCUCGAUGGCCUAUCCACCCUGGCUGUCGCAUGCUUCGAGCAGCCGUUGAGGGAAAAGGAAAAGCACCCUGGGUUGUCGUCACACCCGGCGCUCAAAUCGAUCCUCAGCGGCUGAUGAUGUUGAAGAGUUACGGUGGGGACUUUCUUCGCAUCGUGGAAUAUAAUCAAAACUGGCGACUACGCUGGGAAGCCGUCCUUCGCGCUCUGGCAUCUGAGGGUAUCAAGAGUGUGAUGAUUGAGGGUGGCGGCACUAUAUUGAGUCAGCUUCUCAAUUCCGAAUAUUCCGAGUUGAUUGAUUCAAUGGUCGUCACGGUUGCACCAACUUAUCUGGGCCGUGGUGGAGUCAGUGUCAGCCCUGAUUCCAAGUUGGAUCCGGAUGGCAAGCCCAAUGCUGCUUUGAACCCACGAGAAGUCACUUGGACGCCGAUGGGCCAGAAUGUGAUCAUGUGCGGAAAGAUUCGCCAGCCUGAAGCCCAACAACAAGCAGGUGGCUCAGCUUUAACAUGA